AUUGGAGGAGGAGGUAGUACUCAGAAUGUCUUACUGAGUCUCAGACAAGUUUACAACGGAAAUAGAUAUACAAUAGAAACUAAUGCUACUGCAAAUCUCAAUGUUAUCUUGUACAAUUGUCCUACAUAAGCCCUUGGUUGCUCAUCAUGCUUAACACAGAGAAUUGGUACUGGAUUUAGCUGCAGUUGGUGUACUAGUAAUACUCAAUGUAGAGACAUUAGUGACUGUAGUGAUGCUAGUCCAGUCAUUAGUACAGGAAACUGUCCUCUACCAAUGAUUACUGACUUUAAUCCCAAGGCAGGACCUCCUAGCAGUGGAACAACUAUCAUUAUUAAUGGAACUGAUUUGGGUACACAACGCUCUGACAUAGAGUCUGUUAUGGUUGGUAAUAGAAACUGUAUUGUUGAUGAAUAUCAACCAGGAGUAUGGAUAAAAUGCACCAUUGAUCCUGAUACUAGUGAUAAUGCAAACAGGAAUGAGAGUAUUACAGUAAGAGUGACCAGAUCCAGUGGUAGUGUGGCUGUCAAUAGUUCAACACAGUACCAGUUCAUAACACCAAUCAUUCAAUCAGUGAGUCCUACAUAUGGUCCUGUUAGUGGUGGUACUAGAAUAAGAAUACAAGGUACUAACUUUGAUAUUGGUAAUAAAGAAAUGACAAGAGUAAUAAUGAGACAAUCAUCAAGAAAGAAGAGAAAUACAUGUCCUGAUGUUAACUGUAAUAUCACGAGUAUUAUUAAUACUGAAAUCAACUGUGUUACUAGUAGUAUUAAUGAUACUGAUUGUGUGAGGAAUGUAAUAGUAUCAGUCAAUGGAGCUUCAUUCUCUAAUACUAGUAUAAGCUAUCAAUAUAGACCAGAUCCUACAUUUUAUAGUAUCAGUCCUAUGGUCACAAUACCAGCUGGUGGGAUUUAA